AAGCAAUUUUCAUAUUGGAAUGUCGUUGUUUUUUGGAGGUGGAAUUUUGUAUACAACAAGAGUGCAUAAUAUUGUUGUGUAUACAUAAAAUUUAGAUGUGUGUGUAUAAAAAAGAGAGAGCAAAUGAGUUUUGUAGAUAAUGUGAAUUAUUGUUAAAUAUUAAGUAGCAUCAGACAUUCAUAGAUCAGUAAAUACUCAAAAGUAACAAAAAAAAAAAAACUUUUAAAUUUAUUAUCUGUUUGUUUAUUCAUUAAAAAAAUAUCCAAAAAAUUUUUUAUUAUCUUUAGUAAACAAUAAAUAUAUUAUCUGCUCCAAAAUAAAUAAAAAAAAACCAAUUGUCAUUUUUCUAUUUGUGAGUAAAAGAGGGUAAUGAUAUUUUCUCUCUAAUAGAGUGUCUUAAUGCGUAGGUGAAUGAGGUGAAGCAAAAGAUAAAAAAAAAAAUAAAAAAAGGAAGUAGUUCCUUACUGCUAAUGAUACCUUGUGUUAUCAGUGUGUGCAUAUGUGUGAUUCAUCAUCAAAAUUUUUGUCCUCAACAGGAUUAUUAUUUUCAAAAAAAUACCUAUUAAUAAUAAUAAAAUGCCAAAUGGCGUUAUAAUAAACAGGUGUUUAUCUAAUGUCACCACCAAAUAAUUAAAAAUAAUAAAUAUAAUAUAUAUAUCUAUUAAUUAUAGGUAUAUUUAUAGUCAUAUUGUUAUAUAUAUAUUUUCUCAUUGUGUGUCGUUUAGCACAUAUUGAUUAAUAUUCCAAGCAGCAGCAGCAGCAACAGUUAACUUUUAUUAUUUUAUUAUUAUAAUAAUUUAUAUAUUUAAUUUUUAAUUUUUAAAAAAAUGUCAUCAAAGAGUAAAAUUCAUCAUCAACAAAAUCAACAAAAUAUUGACAGUAGUUUUGUUGCUGUCAAAAGUAAAUUUGAUGCUGAUAUAAUACGUUUUUCAAUAAAAAAACAUGAAGAAAUAACAUAUGAUAAUUUUCGUAAAAUAUUAGCUAAAAAACAUGAUUUAACAAAUGGACAAGAUAUAAAUUUUUUAAUAUGGUAUACUGAUCCAACAGAUGGUGAUUCAUUACCAAUAAAUAAUGAUAAUAAUCUUGCACGUGCUGUACUUGCUGCAAAAACAUUAUUACGUGUAUUUAUAACAAGAAAAGGUGAUGGUUUUGAGGACAUAAAUGGUUAUGGUACAAUAAAACAUAAAAAUAUUAUAUCAAGUAUACUUGGUGGUAGUACACCAAGUAAACCAAAACCAUUUGCCAUAUCAAAUCCUCAUGAUUUUAGACAGGUAUCAGCAAUUAUUGAUGUUGAUAUACUUCCCGAAACAUGUAGACGUGUUAGAUUAUUAAAACAUGGAUCAGAUAAACCACUUGGUUUUUAUAUAAAAGAUGGUGAAAGUUUUCGUGUUUUACCACCAUCAUCUGGUGGUGGUAUUGAAAAAGUACCAGGUGUAUUUAUUAGUAGACUUGUACCUGGUGGUUUAGCUGAAAGUACUGGUCUUCUUGCUGUUAAUGAUGAAGUGCUAGAAGUUAAUGGUAUUGAAGUUGCUGGAAAAACACUAGAUCAAGUUACAGAUAUGAUGAUUGCUAAUUCAUCAAAUUUAAUAAUAACUGUUAAACCAGCAAAUCAACGUGCAACAGCACCACGACGUGGUUCAUUUUCUCGUAAUAGUCAACUUUCAUCUGGCAGCCAUCAAUCAACUCAAAGUGUUGCAACAGCAAGUGCAAGUGAUGAAGAAGCUGAUGAAAUUGUUGAUUUAACUGGAGUAACGAUACAUGACGAUGUAAGUACAUCAACAACACAUCAUUUACAUCCUUCACAAAAUCAUUUUAGUCAUGAUCAAACUGGUGUUUUACAUCUUUAAAAAACAUAUUCAUUUAUUAACGUAAUGUGCUUCUUUUAUUUUUAUUUUUAUUUUUUUUAUUUUUACAACACAUUUAAAUAAUUAUAUAGACAACGAACAAAAUCAUGAUAAAUGUGCCUUGAAUAAAUUCAUGAGUUAAACAAUUAGACCAAAGCACAAUGAAAAUUAUAAUAUCACAAGGUGAAAGUUUAGAAAUAAUACAGUGAAUUUUCACAAAUGGUAUUAAAUAAAUUAUUAUAUGAUCGCUAUAUUAUAAUUAAUUCAUGUUAAAUAAUCAAAAAAAAAAAGCAGCAAUAAUAAUGUUGAACAAAAAAAUAAUAGCUAUUUUAUAAAGACACACAGCUCAUAAAUAAAAUUCUUGAAAAGAAAAAUAAAUUAAUAAAUAAGGCAACUGAUUAGCAAUAAAAGAAAAAAAGAUAAUUAAAAUUGAUUGUAAUCAAUGGAAAAGUAUUAUGACUUUUAAAAUAAUAUCAAUUAUUUUAACGAGAGAAUAAGUACUUAAAAAAAAAAUAUUCCAAGUGUACUUAAAAAACUAUUGUUAAUUACAUAUCAAUUUAUUUUGACGUAAAUAUUUUUAAACUCCUGUUUUUAGACAGUAAUUUUAUUCGAAAAAGACAAAAUCAAGUAAAUAUUAAAAAAAAAUUUUUAAUAAUUAUUUUCAAGUAUUUUCAUUUUGGAGGAUGUAAAUAAUUUUAAUAAUCAUUUAUUAUUAUCAUCAAGUAGACAGCUAUUUUUAUCAUAAAUAAUAAUUGUAAAUAGAUAAAAAGAUUUUUUUUUUUUUUAAAUCAAAUGGAAAAAGAUAAAAACUCGCUAAAUGAUAAAUUUUAAAUUUAUGAAUUGAUGAUAUUUUUACGUAAUAAUAAAUCAUUCCACAUAAUCUUCCGUAAUAAUUUUUUUAGAUUUAAAUUCAGCUUACUGAAUUUAGUAUUUUAAUUUUUUUAAAACAAUGAUGUUUUAUUUUAUUUUUGUCUCGAAUUAAAACACGAUAAAUAAACACGCCUAUUCGUGUGAUAUUUUAUAAAUAAGAUAUUAAAUUGUCUAAUGUACUUAAUGUUCAAGUUUUUGAAUUUUAAAAACAUUUUUUUUUUUUUAAAUAACCGUUAUAAUUGUUGAUACAAGGCAAUUGACAAGUGUCUAUAAUAUUUGACUGUCAAUAAAGAGCACUAGAUAAUGAUGAAAAAAAAAAAAUAAAUGAUUGCCUUUUAUUAUUAGUGUUGAUAAAAGACAAUGAUUGUUAAUUGUUAAUAUAUUGAUAUUUACAUAAGCUCAACAAAUGAAAUAAUAAAAUAGUGUAGAAAAAAAAAUAUAUAUAUUAUUAAUUGACUACAAUAACAACAACAACAAUAAUAAAGAGUGCCUUUUUGUCUGUAAAAAAGAAAAAUAUAAUUGAUCAAGUUUUAUAUUGAAAUAUUAAUAAUAAAAUAUAAAGAAAUUAAAAAGAAAUUAUUUCAUCAUUUUAUCACUUGUUUACAUAUAUAAUUUAUAAAUCUAUUCGUAUGACCAGAAUUACCACUUUAGUAUUACGAAUAGUAUUAAAAAUAUUAUUCAGAAAAAUAAAUAAUAAAUAAAAAAUGUAAAGAAAAAAGAAUAAAAGACAAUUUGAAAUUAAAAAAAAAAUUUUAUUUACAUUAGAAUAAAAUUAUGUGAUUAUUAUUCAUUAAUAAAAAAAAUCUCAAAUCAUAUGGCUAAAUGAAAAUUUAUUAAGUAAAAAAAGAGUGCAGCUAAAAUUGAACUUGUAUGUAAAGUUUUAAAAUUUUUAUAUGUAAUGUAUAUAAAAAAGAAAAAAAACAAUAAGAAAACAAUGUAAUUUUUAAUAACAGCUUAUAUAGAAUAAAAUUAUUUUAUUUUAUGAAAUUAAUUAUUUAAUUUAUUAUAUCCUUUUCUUUUUUUUAUAUGAAAAUAUUAACAAUUAAUACUAUUAAAUUUUAUAUGUAUAAUAUUUUACUUUCUCUGUUAAUUAAAAGAAAAAAAAAAUCAAUUGACAUAAUUUAUUUCAAUUUUAUUGUUUCGUCUUAAGAUUUUCGACAAACACCUAUUGGGUUGCCGCGCUUACAAUAACCACUGCAACACUGGCUAUUUUUGAAACAAGGAAAUCCAGUUCGAUAACAUUUUUGCGAUUCACCCAUGCCAGCAAAUAUCAUCAUAAUAACACCGAUAAUAGCCAUGACAAUAAAAUUCAACUUCAUUUUUUGAUAAUUA